AUGAGUAAACAAGAGGCUGAUGUUCUGAGGUGCUGGAGAUGUAGAAAAUACAUAGCAAAUUCUGUUUGCCUUGCAAAAUGUCAUGGAAAAGAGCCAUCUGAAACAUCACAACCCUCAUCUGCUGCUCCUGAGUAUUGCAACAUAUGGCAUGUGAACUUAGAAGCCAUUCCAUAGUGGGCAAAAUGUGUCAUUGAAAAGGCACAGUGGACAAUUGGAAAACUACACUGUCCAUUCUGUGAGGCUCGUUUAGGGGGCUUUAACUUUGUUUGCAACACAAAAUGUUCCUGUGGACAGUUAGUAAAUAUACAUUUCUGUAAAAGUUGGACGGACUAUCAGCCAGCUUUCUCUGUUAGCUUGGCAAAAUCAUCAGGAAAACAGUUAUCUGUGCUCCAGAUUAAAUCUGGUUUUAUCAAGGAUACCUGCCAUGAAGUGGUGAAUGCAACUUUGGAAAUCAAAAAUCAAGGGCUUUUGUACAUGGCCAGAAAUAAUAGCAGUACUGAAAGAUUAACAGAAGCACUUUGUCUUGAAGUAAGAGCUCCCAGAUUUGAGAGGGAAAGUAAUAAACUUCCCUUAAAGGCAUUAAGUCAGAAAACAAGUAUUUCUGCCUCCUCUCCUAUGAAUGAUGCAUGCACUAUGAAACCUUGUCACAGAAGAUCACAUAGUUUGGAUUUAAAUAUCAGAGAGAGACUGGUUUUGUCCCCUGCCUUAAAUGACGCUUGCAAUAUGGGAACAGUUUACUAUGGCCAAAAUCAAAGUCUUCUUUAUACAAAAAGCAGCUUGAAAUUAGACUCCAGUAGGAGGCAUGGUAAUUGUUUUCAGGACCUAUACAGUUCCAGUGCUGACAAACUACAAAAAAAGUUUAAGGUUACUCCCUUAACUACAUUUUUACAUAGAGAAAGAGGAAAUGUGUGUGAUUUUGAAGCUCCUGGACAGUCGUCUGGGAGUGCCAUUGCUGAUGGAUCAUCUUUUGUAAUGAACAUUUCUUCACCUGCUGUAGAAGAGGAACAGUGCAUCACACCUCUUUGUCUUGUGCAGACUUCAAGUAUUUCCUUCAACAAACAGCUGAGUAAGAGAGAAAGAAACAAGUUGAAAAGCUUGAGGAGAAAACAAAGAAGGCGAGAACAGUGGCUGGAGAAGCAAACUGCAAAUGAUAACCUGCAUACAGAUGAUGAGCAUGAGCUCAGAGAAGAUAAAGAAAGCUAUCUUUGUGCAGUUUGCCUAGAUGUUUAUUUCAAUCCUUACAUGUGCUAUCCAUGCCACCACAUCUUUUGUGAACCUUGCUUAAGGAUGCUUGCCAAAGACAACCCAGCCAGCACUCCGUGUCCACUAUGUCGCACUACAAUUGCAAGAGUCUUUUUCCAAAGAGAACUGAACAGCUCUACAAGAUCUUUUUUCCCUACGGAAUAUUUGAAGUUAAAAGAAAACUUUCUAAAAUCAAAAUCUGCAAAAUGGCCUUUACCAAGCUACAAGAAAGCCUACAGAGUUUUUGAAGGUUUUCAAAGACACUCAGCUACAGUGACAAGGAGGCAUUUCCCACAUGCUGCUCACAGGAUUGACUACAUGGACUUUGAAGAUGAUAGCCGUGGGUGGAGAUUGGAUAUGGACAUGAUAAUAAUCUACAUUUAUUCAGUCAACUGGGUAAUAGGAUUUAUUGUAUUCUGUUUUCUUUGUUAUUUCUUUUUCCCUUUUUAG